CGUCUGCAUUACUUGAUUGCACGAUGUCAGACGCAAAGGAUGAGGGUACAAUUGGGAUAACUGUGGAGUUCAGCGGAGGACUGGAGAUGCUUUUUUCGAAUGAGCGGAAGCUAUCGCUGACUAUCCCUGCUAAAGAUGAGGAUGGGACGCGGUCAAACAUAGCGUUUCUUGUUAGACACCUAUGCGACACUGUCAUGAAAGAUCCGCGGAAGGAAUUGUUCGUACUUGACGACACAGUGAGACCUGGCAUCCUAGUCCUCAUCAACGACGCAGACUGGGAGCUCGAAGGUGAGGACAAAUAUGAGAUCGAAGAAGGCGACAACAUUCUGUUCGUCUCUACCCUUCACGGAGGAUAAACCCUACAGCCUCGCCAUCCAUAAAAAACAUCAAGCGUCAGAAAAUUGCAGAAGAGUUCAUGAAUACACGAUAUUAGUCCCCGC